AUGUCUGUGACCCCUCAAUUAAUUAUCAAAGCGGCGCCCGCGGACGGGGCUGGGCCAGUCGCAUCUGGAGGGCGCCGCGGGGCGGAGCAUCGGCCCAAGAGCACGAUGGCGGCUAACUACACGGAGACCUGGUUCCAGACGCUGGAGGUGAUGCUGAAGGCCCUCAACCGUACCGUCUCCCGCGUGGAGCCCUGUCCUCGACUGAGCACGGCCGACGAGGAGGAGAAAGACAGCUACGCCUACAUGUACAUCCUUUUCAUGAUGCUCCUGUUCGCCCUGACCGUUGGCAGCCUGAUACUCAGCUACACCCGGUCCCGAGAAGUGGACAAGCCGAGCGAUCCUUACCACAUGUACAUCAAGAACCGGGUGACCAUGAUUUGAAGGAGG